AUAGGCAUUGGAGAAGGAUGCACUUGCUCAAAAUAGAUAGGUUACUGUUAUUUUUAGGUAUUUAAAGAAGAAGCUUAAAGCUUGUGCUUAGCAUUUUUGAGUGAUCUCAGGAGGAUAAUUAUGGAAUUUGAAUCCCAAAUCAGAACCCAUUCCCUGAACCCAUUCUCUGGCUCCUGCUCAGAGUAAUGUACCAUCAUGCAACAUGCUGGUGAUGUCACGGGCACCACGGAAGUCAACUGGAGCAUGUAGCCGCUCAGUAGGAGGGCGGGACGUCCCAGGGCCAAGAGAGAUGGGAGAAUAUGUGAAGAAAACUUGCCUGGGAAGUACUUGCAUGCCAUGCUACCUGUGCCUGAUCCUCCACAGCCAUUUUUUCAUCUUAUUAAAUAAUAAGACUGGCAUUCAUUUCUUCAUUCUUGGCUGCAUCAGUGUGUGUCUGCCCAAAACAGAAGGCAGUAGUGAUAAUGGUACCUGGCAGGCUGUCAUAGAAGAUUUGAAACUGAUUAAAAAUAUGACUAAAUUUAUUGAUAUCGAUGCCAUGUUGUACACUGAUAAAGGGCAGCCAAAUUGCAAAGUAACUGUGAUGAGAUGCUUUCUCCUCGAGCUGCAUGUAAUUUUGCACGAAUCUAAUGACAAAACUCUUAACAGAACAGUAUGGAACAUCAUCAUCACUGCGAAUAGCACCUUAUCAUCUAAAAUGAGUACAAAAGAAUCAGGAUGCAAAAAAUGUGAAGAGUUUGAGGAAAAAAACUUUACUGAAUUUCUAGACGAUUUUAUGAUUACUGUCCAGUCAUUAAACAACCCCUCCAACAUCACCUAGAGCCCUUGUCAUCAUUCACCAUUUCUGUGGAACCCAUCAGUCUGUUUCUUCCUGGCAUGUAGAAGCAAUGAUCAAGCAUCUUAACUGUGAUCACUGAACAGGCUCCUGGAGGAGCGAGGAAUUAAUUAAAAAGGGACCUGACUCUCUUUAAAGGCACAAGGAGGAGAUAGGAAAUUUGAGGACUGUGAAUGGAUGGGGACCUGUUCUGCCUUCGUUGUUUUAAUUUAUUGUUGUGCAGCAGGCACAUAUUUGUAUAAAAUGUUCAAUAAAUUUCCUGUACAGCUUU